AUGAUGCACCAAGGCCUGACACCCUACACUCAUCCAGCUUUAUGCCCCAAGCCCCGUGUGGGGAGCCCGGGGCCGCAGAGCCGCUCCCCGUUCCUCUGCCGGCUCCCCCUCCGUCCCGGCCCAGAGCCGGACCCGCGUGGUGGCACCGGGCAGCACCGUGCUCGCUCCCCACCCGUGGAUACUCGAGAAGGAGCAGCUGUGACAAACACGGCUGUUACCUUUGCUCUUUGCGGCACCACAGCUUUCAGCCUGUUUGGCUUCAGCCUGGAGGCCUCUACACACACCAGCACUCGGCUGCCGGACAGCCAGGAGAGCGUCUGCAUCGACCCUCUGCGUCCUGUGUCAUCCCACAGCGCACACCGCCCGUCCCUUAUAGCCAGAAUGCGGACCCGGAUCGAGCAGCUGUGGGCGAACGAGCAGCGACUGGUGAAGGAGGCGGAGAACCUGUACAACAUCGAGAUCCUGCGGCUGCCGGUGGCGCUCCGCGAGAUGAACUGGCUGGACUACCUCGCUAAAGGAGGAAGCAAAAAGGUGUUGCAAGAGGCAGUAGCGGCAGACUUGGAAAUAACAGAAAUAAACAAGUUAACAGCAGAAGUUAUCCAGACUCCUUUAAAAAUCAAGAAAGUGGAAAAAUUCAAACAGGGUAUUGAAGCUAUUGAGGAAGAAGCAGAGCGCCCUUUGCUUCCUGUAGCAAAGAAAGCAAAGCAUGAUAGCCAGUGUCUUCCAGAGCUGGAAGCUGAAAACAUUAAUCCAAAAGCUGGAAAGGUGAAGGCAUCCACAAAAAAAAUGCCAGCGUCCAGGAGCAGGAGGCCUCCUUCGGUGAGGGUGAAGCGCAUGAGUAAAAGAACAAGCAAAAACAGCUUCAUCACCCCAGCUACGGGUAGGAUUGUUGAUCUCUGUGCGCGAGGAGGAACCUCCGUGGUCACGCCCAGAUUUGAUUCCAGCGUUUUCAAGACGCCGGGUUUGCGCACUCCCGCGGUAAACGAGCGCGUUUACACCAUCUCUGCCAAUGGCAGCCCCCUCGCCGACAGCAACGACAUCUUCAUCACAGUCCCCAUCGGAGGAGGGGAGAGCAUUCGUUUAACAACAAGUGAUUUGACCAAGAAGAAUCUUCUUCAUCUAAAUCCGGAGACCCAAGGAAUUAUGAAGAAGCUAUCGGUUCGUCUCGCACAAGCUUGCAGCGGUGCAAAAACCUGCACAUGAAGCUCAGUGAACGCCGACACCCCUCUGUAAAUACCGAAUGCUACGUUUAGGACUCCUACCUUUAGUUUUCGUUCUAAUUUGUGUCUUCCUUCCAUUAAUUUACAGAAUGGAAGUUAAGAACUGAUUUUUUUAUCUGCAGUAUGUAAUGGGAUUAGAAUAGAUUGCAUUUUUUAAUUCGGGAGAAAAAAAAAUACUUCUCUUCCCUAUUUCCUCUAAGGUUGAGCCCAAGAUAGAGCUCCCUUGGGCGGGCA